AUGUCUGCUCCAUCCAAGACCCACGGAAACAUCCAGGCCGCUACCGGCGCCGUCAAGGAAACCAUCGGUGCUACCGUCGGAAACCAGUCUCUCCGCGCUGAGGGUGCUGCCCAGCGUGCGUCCGGAAACGCCGAAGUGGAAGGAGUCAAGGCCAAGAACUACGCCUCUGGAGCCGUUGACGGUGCCGUCGGUAACAUCAAGAAGAACGUCGGCGACGCCGUCGGAAACCAGUCCCUCCACGCCAGGGGAGCCGGUCAGGAAGCUCACGGUGACGCCCAGAAGGCUUUGAACAAGUAA